GUGAUUAAUACUAAAAUUCUCUCAAAUUCGAGUCAAAUUACAACUUUUUUCGACUGAAACCAGCAACGAUGAGUGGCCUUCGUCGAGAGGCUUUGAAAUGGUACAAAACUCUACAGCGCACCAAAGAUCAUGUGUUUGCCGGUGAUCACCGAGCAAUAGUUGCUGCCCGGCAGCGGAUUCGGGAGGAGUUUUUGAAGAACAAGAACCUCACCGAGGAGAAGGAUAUCAAGGAGAAAAUCAAAAUUGCGCGCGAUGUCGAUGUAGAGCUUCGGGGUUCGGUCGUACAGGCGGUCAAAGUGCACGAGAACGUUUAUCAAGCCAAAAUCACCGGUGACACGAAAAAAUUGGACAACGUCAUGUUCGACCCAAAUGCCGACAUACCAGCUCCGAGGAGUAAGAAGUGUGGAGAUGGAAAAAAGUAGUAUACGUAUUCCAAUUGACAUAGCAAACUUUGUAC